AUGUUUACUUCCCCUCUUGCGCUGCUAAGCUUCGGCCUAGCAAGCGCCACAGCCACAAAGCUCUACGCAACGCACUACUCGACGAAAUCGGUCUACACGCUUUCGCUCGACCGCGCCAGCGAUGGAAGCUAUGCCCUUACCCAGGCUUCGUCGCUUGAGACGUGCGGGACGUAUCCGAGCUGGAUAACCUUUGACCCUGCUACGCGUACGCUCUACUGCUCUGAUGAGUAUGGCUGGAAGAACGAAUAUGAGUCGGCCAAUGGGUCAUUGACGGCGCUCGCUGCUGAUGAGAAUGGGCUGCUGAGUGAGAUUGCGGUGACAGGGACUGCACCGGGGAGUGGCGUGCAUAAUGUGAUCUAUGAAGGGGAGGGUGGUCAGUAUUUGGCUGUCGCGCAUUACUCCGGCUCCGCCGUUUCGACAUACAAGCUUCCCCUGGAGAAGGACGCCGACCCUCUGCAAGUCUUUGAAUUCGAGCUGUCCGGGCCCGGUGCGGUCCCCGAUCGGCAGGAGGCGCCGCACCCACACCAAGCUUUCCUCGACCCGACUGGAGGUUUCGUUCUCGUUCCCGACUUGGGGGCUGAUCUUGUCCGCGUUUUUGCGAUUGAUAAGAGUAACGGCAAGCUUAACACCUGCUCGAGCUUGAACUACACAUCCGGUGGAGGCCCGCGCCACGGCGUGUUCUGGACGGCAGAGGGCUCUCCCAAGAUCCGCGGACGUGCUCCGAAAGCCCCGCAGACUAUCCUCUACGUUGCUGGCGAGUUAAACGGCGAAGUCGAGGCUUUCGCGGUUUCCUACCCGGCCAGUGGAUGUCUUGCGUUCCGCCGGAUUGACGCGGACGUGCCUUAUCCCGAGGACUUGCCGGAUGGUGCUUCUCUAGGGGAAAUCAGAUUGGUCGGUGAAAACGUCUAUGUCUCUGUGAGGCUGGAUGCUGCCUUUGAUGGCAAUGACUCCCUCGCGAACUUGCGCCGCGUUCGGAGCGGCAAGCUUGCAUUUGAAGAGAUCACAUCCUCGUAUGGUGUGCUACCUCGCACGUUUGCAAUCAACAAGGCCGGCGACUUGGUUGCUAUCGGAAACCAGCUCUCUUCCAACGUCGCCAUUGUCACGAGGAACCCAGAUACCGGAGCGCUUGGUGAUGUCGUGGCGGAUUUGUUGGUGGGCGUGCCUGGUGAGCCUAACACACUUGAGGGCCUGAGCAGCAUUAUCUGGGACGAGUAA